CGACAUCUCAGCGAAUUUUUUUUUAUUUCGCGGGUGCGGGUUGAGAGGAGAACACAACAACAACAGACCACACAAGAAGCGAUAAGCACCAACAACCCAGCCAGAGGAGACAGGCAACAACAACAGACUUUGACUUGGCUGCCUGCCUACCCUCCGCAACCGCCACACAAACAAAGAGCACACCAAGCACGAAACAGCCCAAGACACCCAAUUCACCAAACAGCGUGGACACAAGCCAGCUGUUGGAUUUGCACAGCGUCCCUGUUCCGUUUCCAAGCCAGCCGGUGAAACGCCCCGUCCGAGUUCCGAAGGGAUAACGCGUUCACAAACGUCCGAUCCGGGUGCUGGUUCGUAUUCACCCCCCUCCCCCUUAGCCCACGCCCAAGUCAGCCAGGGUACAACUGUGACCCUCACCUCUGCGGCCGCCCGUGGCAUGACGCCAGUGUGGCCGUUCCGCUUGGAAGAUACAACACCAUGGCAGAACAUGUCAAAUUCAUGGAAGCGCCCGAACCGCGGCGGCCAGCCUCAGCGUCACAAAAAACACGGCAGCCCCACGUGGCACAGCCCGCGUUCCCUGUAGUGGAGGGCCCGCCCGUCGAGGCUGACGAACGGAUUGUGCCGCAGUCGAUUGUGUUACCAUCUUCGUUGAUUGACGAGGCCAAGAAAGAGAGCAAAGAGCUUGUGCCUUUGCCCCUCCUCUCCGUGCAACGCGAUGGAGAGGUUGUACCGCCGACGGCAAAACCGUCGUGGAGAACGCUGCUGCAGUCGCCGUUGGGCUCCUUCCUCACAGGCAUCAAACCAAGGGCAACCUUCAUUCAGCUCGCAGGGCACAAAGGCGACUUUGUGUCCGGUCAGGGUGGCGUCAUCUACAAGAAAUCAUCACAACUCGAAAAGGCUGCGCUCGAGGAGCUGAUGAGCGACACAUUGAAGCACUCGGUGCCGCUGUACUUCAAACCGGUCAUGUUGCGCGACGAAGACAACAAUCCCGUCGAGUACCUCGAGCUCCAGGAUCUCCUGUGCCUGUUCGACGAUCCAUCUGUAAUGGACGUGAAAAUGGGCGUACGGACGUUUCAAGAGGUCGAGGUCUCCAAAACAAAGAGACGGAUGGAUCUGCUUGGGAAGAUGGUCAAGCUGGAUCCGGACGAACCGUCCGAGGAGGAGAAGCGCGUCGGCAUCACAAAAGCAAGAUACAUGAUCUUUCGCGAGCGAUUAAGCUCCACCAACACGCUUGGGCUCAGAGUAGAGGCCAUCAAGCGCUGCGGGGAGAAACCACGCAACGACUUCCAAAAAGUCAAGGACGAAGACGAGGUGCGGAAGCUGCUUGAGCUGUACAUGCCGGAGGACCCGGCGCUGCGCCGCAUUGUUCUCCGCGGCAUUCUCGACAAGAUGACCCUCCUCAGAGAAAAGCUCACAGAGUCUGCAUUCUUCAAGUACCACGAGCUGAUUGGCAGUUCGCUGCUGUUUAUCUACGACUCCACGGGCGCCGUCGGCAUCUGGAUGAUCGACUUUGGCAAAACUUCAAAAACUGACAGUCCACUCAAGCACGACGUGAGAUGGACCAUGGGAACGAGGGAAGACGGAUAUCUGAUUGGAUUCGACAACUUGGCCCGUAUGCUCAGGUCACUUUCCGGCGCUCAAUGAAGCCAACAACACGCAGGCCACCAUCCCCAUCCCCCUCUUCUACGCACAAAUACAUACACAUACAUACAUUCAUUCAUUCAUUCAUACGUACACACUCUCUCUUCCCCCGCCCCUUUAGAAGCGCUUGCUCGCUGUAGUUAUUCUUGCGUUGCCAGACAGACACCCUUUCCCCCCCCCCUUCCCUCCCUCCUUCUCUCCAUCUGCUUGCGUGCUUGCUUGUUGGUUUACUUUCUUUGUAUCCUCUCUUUCACUUGCGUCGCUUCCUUCUUCCUUCCUGUUCUGCGUGGGUGCACCCUCCUGUUAUGUCCGCCAGCGCACACGUGUUUUUUUGCAUGUGUACAUAUGUGCAGUCGAUGGUGUGUGCUGUUGGUGCUUCCGCUGCCCCCGCCCCCCCCCCCCACACACACACAAUGCCGCC